CUUACUGAUAAUGUAGGAAUAGGUUUUGAGGUGAUUACUGAUGAUCACUGAAGUGUUUGUUUUAUUCUGACACAGAUCUUAUCUUUCCAGCAUCCUCCCCAUAGGAGUAUGAUCUUGUGAUGGGACUGUGGUUCAACAAGUCAAUCCAAUGGCAGCCUCCAACUCCAGCAAUGCCCUGCAGUCCACAUUCUAUCUCACAGGCAUCCCUGGCUAUGAGGAAUUUCACCACUUGAUUUCCAUCCCAUUCUGUCUACUCUACCUUGCUGGAAUAAUGGGCAACUGUACCAUUUUGCACAUUAUCCGGACAGACCCCAGGCUCCAUGAGCCUAUGUACUACUUCCUUGCCAUGCUUUCCCUUACUGACAUGGGCAUGUCCAUGCCCACAAUGGUAUCAGUCUUCAGGGUGUUGUGGUCCAUUUCCAGAGAGAUACAGUUUAAUAUCUGUGUGGUCCAAAUGUUUUUCAUUCACACUUUCUCCUUCACUGAAUCAUCUGUGCUCUUGGCCAUGGCCCUUGAUCGGUAUGUGGCCAUCUGCCACCCUCUGCGAUAUGCCACCAUUCUUACGCCAAGACUCAUCACCAAGAUUGGAAUUGUAGCCCUGCUCAGGAGUGCCUUUGCCAUGAUUCCACUUCUGGCCCAGUUGGCCUACUUUCCUUUCUGCCGCUCCCACGUCCUUUCUCAUUCCUAUUGUCUGCACCAGGACAUGAUCCGCCUUGCCUGUGCUGACACCAAGUUUAAUGUUGUAUAUGGCUUGGUUCUGAUCACUGUGCUGUGGGGCAUGGACUCUCUGGGUAUUUUUGUGUCUUAUGUUUUCAUUCUUCAUUCAGUGUUGAGAAUUGCAUCCCAUGAAGGCAGACUUAAGGCUCUCAACACAUGUGCAUCUCACAUCUCUGCUGUACUCAUUCUAUAUGUACCCAUGAUUGGACUGUCUCUUGUCCAUCGUUUCGCCAAACACUCUUCUCCUCUCAUCCACAUCUUCAUGGCUCACAUCUAUUUAUUGAUUCCACCUGUGCUCAACCCAAUCAUCUACAGUGUGAAGACCAAGCAGAUCCGCCAGGGAGUCCUCCAUUUUCUUUUCCCCAAAAAACAUUAGUUGUACUGUGAGGCAGACAUGUCCUCAAGACAAUCAGUUUUAGUAAUGUAAACACUGAGUGGUUUGUCUGCCCUAGUGAUAUAUCUAGUAUGUUCACCUGAGAGUUUCCAGCAUGAGGCUACUGAAAGAGUAGAAAUAGAAGCAGUAUGAAGAGAUUUGAAGAAGAAAAUUUAAGUUCACAGGGACUAUACAGUAGACUUCACAUUGUGCUUUAUAAAACCACUUUCUUCAUGAAUAUUUUGAAGUAUGUUGAAUCAUUUCCAUUCAUUCUCUUCCAUUUGUAACCCUAACCCUUAUUUAAUGUCACUUCAUACAUGAAGUUUUUUUAUUGAAUAUACCAAAUCCGUAUUUCUUUAAUUUCUGAUGUUUUAUGAUAUUUGUCACUGAAUUUCAUACUGUCUUUUUUGUUACCUAAAUUUUGUUUUCGUAAAUAUGCUUAUUCUAUCUUUCUCAAAGUUAGAAAAAAUAUUUCAUCUUGGCAUGAUAGUAUAGUAAGUCUCAAAGCACAGGUUGGUUCUCAGCACUCAU